CAACAAGGCAUAAGCCUGUGAAAUUUGGCUGAAUCAGAAAUGCGUGGUGUGGCUCUUGUGCAAGUCGUCAAACAAGUUCAACGUUGCAAGAAAGAAGCAAAGCCUAAAGGUAGUAGGAGAGCAAAAACCAAAGCAUAAUCUUUGCGGGUUCAAGCCUAAAGCCUAAAGGCAUUCGGGAGUUGAGACACAUAACCGUCUUCUUUCUAAGUAUUUUUCUUUUUCUUUGCCUUUUCCUUCAUAAAUACAAAAGUUGUGGACAACUAGUCUCUUUUGUUUCAUUUUCUUCCCAUAUCCUGUACAAGGUAUUCCUUUUCAAAAAGUGGUACCCAAAGUGAUUAGACCUGAAGACCUAAAUGCCCCUUUAAAAAAUUGUUAUCAAUUUUGCUUUACUACCUUUCAUGGAUCCAAGGCAAAGAACAAAAACUUGUGGGGUUGCAUGACAAAAGCUGCAUCGUGCAGCCAAUUUUUUCAACACGUAUAUCUUUACUCGAGGCAAUCCCCUUUCCUUUUCAUAUAUUAGAAAUUUUCUAUUUUUGAGAGUCUUUUUCAUUAUUAGAUCUCAAAACAAUACCCCAUAUAGGUCUUCACAGAACAAUUCUCCAAACAAAAUGGCGUUAAGCAACAAUGUCAUCGGUGCAAUCAACUUUGUUGCUAUGCUGCUCUCAAUUCCAAUCAUUGGUGCAGGAAUCUGGCUUGCAAAUCAACCAGACAAUUCUUGCGUGAAGAUUUUGCAAUGGCCUGUUAUAGUUUUGGGGGUCUUAAUCUUGGUUGUAGCUAUCGCAGGCUUUAUAGGAGGGUUCUGGCGCAUCCCCUGGCUCCUUAUCGCCUACCUUGUCGGCAUGCUCAUCCUCAUCAUAUUACUUGCAUGCUUGGUUGUUUUCAUCUAUAUGGUUACCAUUAGAGGUUCAGGCCACCUUGCACCUAGUCGCGCGUACUUGGAAUAUCAUCUGGAAGAUUUUUCAGGCUGGCUUCAACGAAGAGUCAGAAGUUCUUACAAGUGGGAAAGGAUAAAAGUCUGUCUCAGCUCGACAGAGAUGUGUGCCCAGUUGAACCAGAGUUAUACAAUGGCUAUAGAUUUCUUUAAUGCUCAUCUAACUCCUAUAGAGUCUGGAUGCUGUAAGCCACCUACUGAAUGUGGAUACACGUUCGUAAAUCCAACAAACUGGAUCAGCCCCAUCAACAACAUUGCAGACCCGGAUUGCAUACAGUGGAACAAUGACCAAACCCAACUCUGCUACAACUGUAAUUCGUGCAAAGCAGGAUUACUUGCAAAUCUGAAGGAAGAAUGGAGAAAAGCCGAUAUAAUACUGCUUAUAACUCUUAUUGCUUUGAUAUGUGUAUAUUUGAUAGGGUGUUGUGCCUUUAGGAAUGCCAAAACUGAGGACAUAUUUAGAAAAUACAAACAAGGUUAUACGUGAGGAUUCUAUGUGUAACCUGAUCGUGGGGCAAGUGGGGUUGGUUUGAAUGGAGUUUUUGAUUUUAUGACUUUGUAUAAGCAGAUUCUUUCCUUGUUUACAUUUGGUUGAAAAUGUGUGUUGGUA